UGGGUGGGUGGAAUCUUCCAGAAUCUAGUGGCGCGGUCUGUGACGGAAGACCUUUUCAGGAGAGCCAAAACAAGAAGAUAGUAUACGUUUUUUUUAGGUUUAAAUUCUGAAGACAGCUCUUAUAGUUUUUGGACCGUGUGGAACUGGUGAGAUCUGAACGCGCAAACAGCUGACUGAAGUAGUGAAUAAAGUGAAGGACUUGUCAACUCGACCACCCCAGCAGCAUCACAGUUUGUUAGUUCCUGAAGAUGGACGGGAGUGUGACCGUCCUCUCCAGCCCCACGGUGUCCGUGCGGCUGACCAGCGCCGCCAGCUCCUUCGAGACGAACCGGAGAUUCAACCGAGGCAUAACGAUCGCGGAGUUCAAGUGUAAAUUGGAGAUGAUUGUGGGCACCACAGCUGCCUAUAUUGACCUUGAGCUAUUCAGCACUUCUGACAAGUUCUUGCAGAAGCUAGACAACAAUGAAGCUCUGCUCGGCUCCUAUCCUGUGGAUGAUGAGUGCAGAAUACAUGUGACAGACCGAAGUGGUACGCAGAGCGCGGAGUUCACUGAUUUGUCAAAGGUGGAUAAAUUCGAGAUCUCUGAUGAAGCCUAUGAAAAAAGAGGAGAUUCAAUACGGACCUUCAAGAAGAAUUUAAAGUUAGGUCGAUUUAAUGAGGAAAACAGGGCCAAGCAAGAAGAGGCUCUUGCUAAGAAAGAAGAGGAGGAGAAGGUGGCUGCUGGAUCCAUUGCUGUUGGGAACCGCUGCAAAGUUGAAGUUGUUGGGCAGCCUAGCAAGAUUGGCACUGUUAUGUUUGUGGGUACAGUAGAUUUCAAACCAGGCUACUGGGUUGGUGUGAAAUAUGAUGAGCCGCUUGGGAAGCAUGAUGGCAGUGUGAAUGGGAAACGUUACUUUGAAUGUGAGCCAAAAUAUGGCGCCUUCAUGAAGCCCCUCUCAGUGAUUGUGGGAGACUUCCCUGAAGAGGACUAUGGUUUGGAUGAGAUGUAAGACUCAGUUGAUUAGCAGUCAAGAUGAGCAGAAAGAUCCUUUCUUCCAGAAGUUUGGCUCCAUGACAUCGCUGCGGUAGAAGGUUUUUUGCUGUCGGUGCAGAUCAUUUUGUUUUAUGCUGGUGUGGAAAAGAUCAGCAAAAAUUGUACCUUCAUUUCCUGCAGUCAAAUUCGAGGAAUGAUCUUAAACAACAUCUGUGCCCUGGAGACUAGAAGUAACUGGUGAGAUAAAUGUGAGAACACCAGCUGAGGUCAGAGUAAAGAAAAGCAUUCGCUAGCAGACCAAAUCAUUUCAAAAUUCAAACACAACCAACCAACUACAACAGAAAAUGUAUUUCACAUUUUUGCAAUACUGUACACACUGUAUUGUAUCAAUGUAUUCUGUACUAAUGAAUUCCUCCUCUUCUGCAGCCUGUUAUAUUCUUUUGCAUCAGUAUGACUAUGUUUAAGGUUUCAGUCCCUCAUUGUCUUUAGCACUUUAGCGAUUAGCUCACUAAUGAGAUGUGUAAAGUAGAAUACCGUGGCUUCAGUUUUCCCAUGGUUCUGUAUUUUCAGUGUAAAUUACAGAAAUGUGAUUAAGUCUUGCUUUUCUUGUGAAAAUUGGCGGUAAGCAUUUUCGUGCAUGUCAAAUUUACGUUUAACAGAAAGGCCUAACGUUUUUAAUGGAAUUCUGUUAAGUAAAAUCUCUUUCAAAUAAAUUCAUGUGCCGAUUUUGGACAUCCUGCAGAAAUAUGGCCAAAUUGUCUAAUAUUUUUUUUUACGGUUUCAAUACUUAACAUGGGACACGUUGUGGUGAAAAAUAUUGAUGUAGUACAGCCCUAAAACCUUGAUAGUUCACAAGUAGUAAUAAAAAUCAGGUUUUGAUGCACAGCCAAUUUUAAGAUUCAUAUGAAUGCUGUAAUUAUAUUAAUAGUAGCCUUAAAAAAAACAAUGCAGUGUAAAAGUAAAAACAUUAGACAAUAGACUAAGGCCAGGCACAAACACUGAUGUUGGAGAUGGAUCUCUUUACAUGCUUGCAUUAAUUGGUCUUAAUGCUUGCAUUAAGUGGUCAUAAAUUUGAAAAGACAGUGAUUUGGGACAGUAUUUGUUUUUUUUAAUUUUGUGAUGCUUUGAAAAACAUAUAGACUCAGUCACCAUUUGCAAAUAAAAUACAUGAUCAAUUGAUUUGAUCAUUUAUUAAAUACAUGUGGCCAUGGGAUUUCUGGCUCAAUUGGACGUGCCUGAGGGGAUUUAAUAAAUGUAUUUUGAUUUGUCCCUCUAGAGACUGAUGCUUAAAAACAUAAAUAAAAAGUGUUUCAAAUCA